UUGGACGGGAAAAAGAAGAAAAAAAGAAAGUUAGCACAAAGCAUCCAACCUCCCACUUCCCCCAUACCUUUACACGGUACAAAUCAAAGUUAUCACCUAAUUAUCGAAAAAUAGAACCAAAUUACCUCACAAACCACAACACGGGGAGAGGAAUCCCAUUAUUAAAUAUACUGCAGUAUACAACUUACAUUGUUCUGAUAUUGUUGUUUAAUCAAAUCAAACGCCAAGUCCAGGAAAAGAAGACAAGGGCUUAUAUUGAUACUAUCGAUCUAUUGACAGCUAAUCAUAAGUCUUUCAGAAAUAGUCUAAACAUUUAUGAAUUAAAAGAUAGUGGUGGGUUUCUCAAAGAGAUGAUUGGAUGGAGGGUAAGCAGAAGUUGAAGCAGAGAAGAGACGAAGGGGGAGAUGGCAAGAACAGAAGCCAAAUGGUGUUCGUACAAACGAACCACGAUUAUUGUUUGUGCAAUUAACAUUUUUGUUGCUCUCUAUGUGCUUCACUCUUACACUUCAGUAUACAUGUACACUACUCGCAAUGAUACCCAAAGGGCUUUUAGGUAUACUCCAGAUCAGGUUAGGAAAAUGGACGAAUCGAAUCGAAUAAGAAAACAACUAGAACCUGUGCAUCUUAUUAAACUAAUAAAGGGAUUAAAGGAAGAAUUUUUCAUUGAUGAAAAGGUGGUGCAAGUACCGCAGCAAAUUAAACAGAAGAUAGCUGAUGAAAUACUAGCAACUUUGAGAGGUGUCAAUGCCGGUGACCAUGCAACAGCACAACGAGGUGAUUAUGCCUUCAGUUUCAGAGUAAAUUGAUCGAUAUUGGGCUAUCUUUGUUUCUGAAGCUGCAUUGUUGAAUCUUUUCAUCGGAUAUCCUUCUUGUUGUUCAUUCUGUAGCCUAGAUAAUUGUGGACUUUCUAUUAUCGUGUCUUUUUUGUAAUAUUGCAAGAUCUGGUAAUAGUUGAUCCAUGCUACAUUGGGCAUAUAGAAGUCUCAGGUACAUGUAGAAGGCUGAGACAGUACAAGUACUGCAUUCCUUUUUGUGCCCAUGAGAU